AUGAGAUGUGGUUUUCUUUUGUUUGUGUCAACACUAAUUCUUAGCAGUUCGUUGUCAUAUGCCUACACAUAUAAUGUUGGUGCCAAAGAUGGUUGGACAGUCAAACCCUCACAAGAUUACAACUACAAUUUCUGGGCUAGUAAUAUUAGGUUUCAAAUCAACGACACGCUUUUUUUCAAGUAUCAAAAAGGUUCUGAUUCGGUGCUAGUGGUAAACAAACAAGACUAUGAUUCUUGCAACAUCAAUAACCCGAUCCACAAUAUGGACAAUGGAGAUUCAAGUUUUCUAUUGGACAAGUCAGAUCACUAUUACUUCAUUAGCGGAAAAGAUUUGAAUUGCGUAAAUGGUGAAAAGUUUAAUCUUGUUGUUUUGUCUCCACACCACCAUCACUACCAUGAACAUCAUGGUCCAUCAUUAUCUCCCGCGGUUGCACCGGUACAUCCCCCAACAUCGCCUUCACCAUGGAAUGCUCCAACACCGGAUGCUCAUGGCACAGCUGUUCCGACACCAAGUGCUCGUGAUAUGACUACUCUGACAUCCAGCGGUGUUCACAAUGGGAAUGCUCCGGCGAUUGCUCCUGCAUCGAAUGAUCAUGGUCAUAAUUCUCCGGCGCCGUCUCCUGCUCGUUCGGAUUCUACUAGGUUGACCGGUUCCGUUGGUGUUAUUGUUAUGGUGGUUUUGGUCUUAGGAAGCUUUACCUUUUUUCAUGGGUAG